AUGUCCAUCGAGACAAAAGAUUAUUACACUAUUCUUGGUGCGGAUGAGAACACACUUCGAGUCAGAUCAAGAUGGCGUAUGAUACGGCACCGUCCGUCAACUAAUAGUAACCCAGUAGAUGAAAAUCUGAAGGAAAAGCUUAAGGUUAUAGAAGAGGCCUAUACUACGCUGAGCGAUCCUGAGGAACGCUCAAAAUACGACUAUGCUCACGAGAAUGUCAAGACCGCUCUGCCUCCCCUCGACUCGACAUCUAUUCAACAAAAGCAUCAUGAUACCGGUUUAGAGCGAAGCGAAAGCAAUGUCCAUCAUCACUAUUCUGUAUCCGCCAAAGGAAUCGCCCAGCUUGACGAACCAAAAGCGGCAUUCGUAAAUUCUUUCCUCGGAGGCGCCCCAAGCUCAUCGAAGGACACAAAUGAGUUCAUCGGCCCAGAAAUUGACGAUUUCAUUGAACGUCUGUUGCGAGCAUCUUCUGAUCGGGGUGAUGGCAACUUUUGUCUAAAUUCUCACGAGAUCCAAAGUGUUUGUUCUCGAGCGCGGGCCAUAUUCCUGGAACAGCCAUCUCUCCUCGAAUUAGAUGCACCCAUUAAAAUCAUUGGGGACGUACACGGUCAAUACCCUGACCUGCUCCGGAUAUUUGAGGCGGGCGGUUUCCCACCUACCUGCAAUUAUCUCUUCCUUGGAGAUUAUGUUGAUCGAGGAAAGAAAUCCCUCGAAACGAUCCUCCUCUUGAUGUGCUAUAAGAUCCAGUACCCCGAGAACAUCUUUCUUCUAAGGGGUAACCACGAAACUUCGAGCGUAAGCCGAAUUUAUGGAUUUUAUGACGAAUGUAAGAGAAAAUGCAGUGUCAAGAUCUGGAAAACUUUCAUGGAUGUGUUUGAUUGUCUACCCUUUACCGCGAUUGUUGCAGAAAGGAUAUUCUGUGUUCACGGUGGCCUAUCGCCGGAUCUGUUUCAUAUGAAUGACAUAAGACGCAUUGCAAGACCAACAGACAUACCGGACUCCGGACUCCUCUGCGAUCUUCUAUGGGCCGACCCCGAGAGCGGACAAAACAGUUGGGGAACUAAUGAUCGCGGAGCCAGCUAUACUUUUGGCGAGAAGAUUAUAAAGAAGUUUUUAGAAAAGCACAACUUCGAUCUCAUUUGUCGAGGACAUCAGGUAGUCGAGGACGGAUACGAGUUAUUCAAAGAUCGAAUGCUUGUGACGCUGUUUUCUGCUCCGAGCUAUUGUGGAGAGUUUGACAAUUGGGGCGCUUUCAUGAGCGUGGCGAAGGACCUGACGUGUUCAUUUGGACUUCUCAAGCCUGGCAAUGCGAAAGUGGUCAUGUCUGCCCCCACCUUAGCUCUGUAA